CGAUAGAGGAAGGAGGAUAAGGAAGUGCGCGAGCGCAGUGCAAAUGUAGUUCCCUGCACGGAUGGGACAAACUUACAGCAGAUAACUAGCUUCGUGGCUAGAUAAUACUAUCUAGCAAUGCGAUGGGUAACUGCUGGGCAUAUUGUGUCGGUUUGUUCAUAAGAGAAGCAAGCAGGAUCCAGAGAAGAGGAGGAUCAAAGUAUUUCCGGAGCACCACCACAGGGGAACAUUAUACAAUAGAGUUUGAAAAUCUGGUGGAAAGCGAUGAGGGUGAGACUCCACAGCCAUGCCCGAGGCCCAUCAGUGAAGAUGAGAUCAAGCACCUCAGAGAACACCAGUAUGCUGCAAUUUCAGACAAGCAGAUUGUAAUAGACCAGAAAAUACAAGCCGAGUUAGAGGCACAAGAGGAGAAGUUAAGGCUAGAAGAGGAGGCUAGAAAUGCCGCCCAGCGUGAGGCCGCCAGGUUGGCACGUGAGCGAAAAUUGAAGGAGCUGCCUGCCCAAAGAAUACGGGGUAAAGCCGAUGGCUCCAGUGGUGAAACUCAGCAAAGAAAACAAACCCCAGGAGAGGAUUUUGAUGUCUACCUCCAGCAUGUAAAAGCCCAAUCAGAAGCUUUCAGGAGCAACAGAUUGCCAUCUGAUACAACAGUGGUGACUCCCAACACGGAGUACAGUUGGGAUUUCACAACCAAGACUCGCUCGACGAAUGACGACGGCACCUCACUGGAUCUAGAGUGGGAGGAUGAGGAAGGAAUCAACCGUGCCUUACCAGCCUGGGAAAGGUCUCGGACGGAGGAGGACAUCCUGCGUGCAGCCCUGAGGCCUGGUGGUAAGCAAAUGAACAGUGGCCCAACGUCAGCCUCUGAGGACUCAAAUGCACUGGAGUGGGAGACUGACUUUGUGAAUACACAUCCAGAGGACCAUGCAGGCACUGAAUUUGAAGGGUUUGUCAAUCCUGUCCUGGACACUCCCUCUGAGAACUACUCAGACUGUGGCCUCAAGCUGGAUACCCAGAACAGAUAGUGCCCAGCACCAAAGGAAACAUUUCUUGUGCCCUUAUUUUGUCAGGGCUCACCAGCUUCUUGCCUCAUCACAUUGAAAUUACUUAAUGUGCUCUUAAUCCUUUGUACUGGGGGACUUUGGGGAUGUGUUGUGUAUUUCUACAUUAUACAUUAGUGUGGUUGUGUGUUUAAGCAAUGCUUAGUUUCCUUUCAUUGCCUUUGUUUAAUAAAUUAGUUGACCAUUUUAUGCAUAUAACGAAGAUGACCUUGUUAGCAUUUGUCACAUUG